GUAAGCAGAAAGUGUUGGGUCCGCUAGAAACAGCGACCAAUGAACACAUCGUACAGAACCUGCGAUCAAUCGAGGUCGAGGUCGAGGUCGAACGUAGAAAUUGAAUUGAAUUGAAACUGAAGCAAUGAUGGAAGUGUGUGCAUCAGCAUCGAGGAGGAAGAACACCGUAGGGGUAAAAAUUUCGUUGCUCUUUCUAUUUAUCUUUCACUUUUCAUCCACAAUUUAUGCCAUCAGAAAGGAUAUUAGCUUUCAAAUCAUUCAUUCCUGCAAAACCACCGUUCAGGGAAGAUACCUCCUUUCAGAUGACAACGGUUAUGUGUGUAAUGCUGGCUCUGUUAAUUCACGCUCUCGCUGCUGCCCUCAAACGGGGGAGAAAUUUUCUUGUCAUGGAUGCAGUCUUCUUUCACAAUGUUGCAACUCUUAUGAAUAUUGUGUUUCCUGCUGCCUCAAUCCUGCUUUGGUAAUCUGUUGCAUGCUAUUCCUUUUUCUUCUUUUUUUUUUUUCUCUCUCUCUCUUCCCCUUUCUGGGGCAUCAUCUGAUUGAACAUAGUAAAGGGCUUUGUGUGCAUUGGUUUAACUUAAUUGGACAGACUAGUAAGGAACGAGUGCUGAAGAUGAAGGUUUCCAAGCCUGCUACUGCAAGGACUUAUGCAAGUGUUUUUGACUACUGUGCUGGGAGAUGCCGUCAUAGUUCUGAGAGUGUGGUCCAUGAAAAUGCUUACAUUAGUGACUUCCACCAUUGCUUUUCUCUGCCAUCAAAUUCUUCUACAGGCAAAAAUGGUACCCUCAUAGAGGCAAGACUGAAUGGCAUCGAUGUUGUUGUUGGAAGGCAAGGUGAAUCAUGCAAUUCAGUUUGCAAAUUAAGAGGACAAUCGUGUGUCCCAAAUAAACUCGUGGUGCUUAAUCAUUGUGACGUUAUUCAGAAAUAUAUGAGCUGCAAGGGAUCUUGCUUGGCAAGUGUUGGAUCAGAUCAACCUGCUGAAGUGGUUUAUGAUGCCCCCAUACAUCUGAGUCCAGGAUCAUGUUUAUAUACUCAAACACAGUCUAUACUUUCUUGUGAUGGUUCACAUCAACACACAAGGAGACUGUGCCCAUGUGCCUAGUGUUUGCUAGAGUUGGGUGGCUAAUUUUCUUGAGGUGGAAAAGUAUCUAAUUUGCGUGUUGCGAUACAA